AUCGUCUAAUGAUCAAGAAUAUCACCCGCCAAGUCCACCUGAAAAAUCAAGAGAAGAAAUUAAAUUUUAAAAAUACUCCGGCGGGUUGCCACUGCUUCAGGUACUGCCCGUGAUUAUGGAUUUUAGGAGCUCCGAUAUCAGUUCCUGGAAGGAGGCCCUCUCUUCUUAUCCUGCUCGCAUAGAAUCUCUCAACAAACCCAAUCUCGUUUCUCUCGACCAAUUCUACCGAAUCCAACUUCCCUCUCUCCUUCAUCAGCGAAACCCUAAGCCGUACAUAACCACUCUUGAGCUCUCCAAGCUCAUGCAAUGGAAGCUUUCCCGUGGAAAAUGGAGGCCCCGCUUGCUGGACUUCGUCUCGUCCUUGGACGAGGAGUUAGUGAAAUCUGCUUCUCAAAAGGCGUUUGAAUUGCUUCCUGAUUUAAGGAAAGCUGUUUCUCAGCUUACGGUUUUGAAAGGCGUCGGUCCGGCAACUGCCUCCGCCGUUUUGGCUGCCUAUGCGCCUGAUGUCGCACCUUUCAUGUCUGAUGAGGCUAUGGAAGCAGCUCUGGGUACAUCAAAAGAUUAUACGUUGAAGCAGUAUCUUCUAUUCACGGAUAAGCUACUAAGUAAAUCUAAGGAAUUAAGUUCAAAUGGGGAGUACUUCACAGUAUCAGAUGUAGAAAGGGCCUUGUGGAGUUCUGCUGUGUGGUCCAAGUUGAUAGUUUCAAAACCGGAUCCAAACUCGAAGACUAAUACAAGCAGAGACAGCAAGAGAAAAAGAAAACGUUGAAUAUGCUGUGACUUUCACUGAUACUUGUAAGAUUAUUGUCUUUAAAUUAUAGAUGUCCGUAAGACUUAUUUUUCAUCUCAUGAAUGUUAACCCUCUUUUAAAUUUUUAUUUGCCCAAUUUUUGGCUUUCAAUCAAGUACAAUAUUAAGUCA